AUGGAUCCAUAUUAUAAGCAAUUAUACGAAACUUCUCAUAUCGCACAAAAUGAGUCCCCUUCUCAUUCUCGUUUCCCCCCUUCUAUUUCACGCCCUCCUUUGAACCCUCUUCAUAAUAAUCCAGAUUCAAUAUCAUCUGAAGCUCAAAGAGAAUUAAGAGUAAGGAAAAUUCACCAUAAACCCCCCAAACCUAGUCUUCUCAGUUCUAUUGGGGCAUCACUUAUGUGUAUUGUGGCAAAUAGCUCAAACUUCUUGAGUAACCUUUCACAGUUUCAAUUAAAUCCAUUCGAUUGUGAAGGAAAUUCCCAAAACGCCGUAGAAUAUUACUUCGCCGACCCAAUGAAAACAGAAGAAUGGAAAGCAAAUGAGUGGGAAGUAUGGAAAGAAAAAACAGAAACAGAAUGGCAAAAUUUUAAUGAUAUUAUCGAAAAAGAAAGAUUAAAAUGGCUAGCAGCAAAAGAAAGAGAUUGGAAUGAAUAUAUGAAAUAUAUUGAAUUUAAAUGGACACAUUAUAGUCCGGAUUUAGAAAAAAUAAUAAAAUCAGAUAUUCUAAAAAGAAAUCAAACAUUAGAUGAACGUGAAUGGGAUGAAUGGAUGAGAACAGAAGGAAAAGAAUUAAUCAGAAAAGAUUGGGAUGAAUGGGCAUCUUAUAAUGAAUCUUAUUUAAAUGUAUGGAGUAUUAAGGAAUGGUUAAAAUGGAGAAAUCAAAUCAUAACCAAAUGGAUAUCAUCCGAAUGGAAACGAGAAGAAGAUGAUCAAUGGGCAAAAUGGGAAGAAAAUUGGGUCAAACAUUAUAAUUGUGAAGAACGAAAUGAUUGGAUUGCCUGGAGAGCUCGAAUAAAUAAAGAGAUGGUCGAAUGGAAUGAUUGGUCAAUGAAAAAAGAACAACAAAUUAUAGAUCAUAAAUCAAGUUCUUGGGGACGAUGGAAAGCUGAGAAACAAACUUUGUUUGAUAUGUGGUUAGAUUCAUUUAUUGAUGUAUGGAUUAAAGAAAAGCAUUGGUUUAUAUGGACAAGUGAAAGAAAUGAUUAUUUCGCAAGAAACAGAUAUAUAAAAUUCCAAUAA